AGCAGCUCACCCGUGUGUCAGUGUUUAGUGUCCAGGUGUGGAGUGGAGAUUCUUCUUCUUCUGCUGUUUUUGCAGAAACUGUUCUGGUGGUGAGCUGUUAGGGCUGCUCGUCCUGCCCCUCUGCUUCUAUAAAACCUCCUGAAUUACUGCAGACGGAGCGACUCCCUUUGAGCUAACUGAAGAUCAGAGACCUUCAUCCACCUGAGCAGUUUUGGAAGAAAGCAGUGAAGAUGAAAGUGCUGUCCUGUAUGAUGUUCGCCUUCCUGCUGUCAGCUGGAGCCAGUCUGACUCAGGGCCAGCUGAAUCGUAUUGUAGAAAAAAUCAGGAACGAAUACCGGAUUGAUGGACAGUUCUGUCUGGCUGCAGUCUUCCCACCAGGACUGGACCCAAACACUGAUGUUUUUAAGAACGACCGCUUUCAGGCUGUUUCUCCCGUCAUUGGAGAAAGUAGCUCAGACAAUAACCUUCGUGGCGUGUAUGCCAGCCAAAGGCUGAUUGUAGCCAGACCAACAUUACCAGUAAACGGACGAAGUGGAGAGCAUGCAGAACGUCGUGUUCUGCAAGCCCUGAGAAAUCAGCUGAAAUCCCAGAACAUCCAGGGAAGUGACCUCCUCAUCUACUCUUUUGCCUCUGCAUGUGAUACAUGCACAAGUGACAACCAUCCAUCCAGCAUCACUGGAGACCUUAGACAUAUUGUUCAAACCUAUCCCAAUACUGUAUUUGUGUUUAAAAAAGUCUUUCAGCCCAGAAAUAGCCCCCCACUUCCAGAAAAUACUUUGAGAGAUUCCCUUCGUUCUCUUGGCCGUGCCAUUGGUGGUCUGGGCAAAAUAUUUCGCUGUGACCCUAAGUGCUACAGCUGUGCUGUGCAGAAUGAAGUUUCACAGUACUGUAUUGACAACAACGCUCAGCCUCAGUGAGGAGGCUGCAGCAAAGUCUCCUCAUAAACACACUCUGGUGUCACCUGGUUUCAGGAACCUUUCCUCAGCACCACAGAUGACAUCACACUGUGUUUAUGAAGCGUGUUUUCAGAUAGCUGCACUUCAUGGACCCUGAACAGGUUCCUUGCCACUUUUUCCUCCACAUCAUUUACUAUUUGAAGAUGUACAAAAGUCUCUGUAUGAAUCAUGUGACUGUAACUGAAGCUCUGCUGGACCCACAGUGUGUCAGACAGGCUCGUGUGUCCAAACAGCCUGAUUGUAAGGUAGAUUCGGUUUCUGGUCUCUGAGCAGGAGUUCAGGAUGAUUCUGUUGUUUAAACUCAAGUCUGUUGUUCCU